AUUGUUGAUGAUGUAAUAAGCGGGGGUUGCUAGAGCGCAUGCUCAUAAUCGUGAGUCGAGUGGUGUUACACGUGAAGCCGUUCAAGUUGGGAAAGUAGCAUGAAGCUGGAGCUUCGCCGGCUGGUGCGGGGCGCUCGGCUGGGGAUCCUUAGCGGGCUGGGCGGGGGAGGGCAGCACAGCCUAGAGCUGCCGGGGUGCCUGCUGUACACACGCUGUUGCUCUGUGCCGCAUCUCACGCAAGAUACGCUUCGGACACUAGGGGCACUGCCCGCCGGCGCCCUGUUGCCUCUGGCCUCCGUGGCUGAGCAUCAGGAGGUGCUAGAGUCCUUCCAAGAGGGUGCAGCUAAAUUUGCAGGUCUCCACAACACGGCGCUCUUCUGCUCACUGCAUGACCCCGCAACCCUGUGCCCCUCUGGCUACAACACCAACAAGACCGUGUCCAUAUGGAGUAGCGGCGGCCGCAUCGAACUCACUGUCCAGCGCUACAUGGCACUUCAGGCUGCUGUUCGGCCUAACUGGUACCAGAGCCUGGCGGACGGAGACACCCAGCAGGCUGGAACUUCGCUAAAGAGGAUUCGCAAGUCCGUGGAUCGGACACUGGCUUUCCUGGAUGAGUGUCUACUGCUGCAUCACAAGGCUCAGCUGGCUGAGGCCCACAUCUUUGGUGUAAUCGAGGGAGGCGACGUCCUGGAGGAGCGGCUGCGCUCGUCGCGGGAGACAGCUAAGAGGCCCGUCAGCGGUUUCGUCCUGGAUGGCUUCCACUCGAGGGCCAUGGAACGGGAGCUGCAGCACCAGCUGAUUGUCGCAGUAACCAGUGAGCUGCCCCAGGAUAAGCCCAGGCUGCUCCAGGGUGUUGGCCGUCCUGAUGAGGUGCUGGCAUGUGUGGAGUUAGGUGUCGAUCUCUUUGAGGGCUUCUUCCCCUUUUUGGUCACUGAGCGGGGCUGUGCCCUCAACUUUGACUUCAAUGUCAACUGUGAUCCUGAGAGCAAAGAGCAGGAGGAGAAUGGAGUUGCAGAGAAGCUUAUGAAGGACUCCGAGGAGCCGGCAGACCUGCAGCAGGUGACCUGCUUUGAGAUGAAUCUGAAAGAUGAGAAGUACCGGGAUGACUUCCGCCCCCUGGUGGAAGGGUGUGAGUGUUAUUGCUGCAAGAACCACAAGAGGGCAUACUUGCACCAUCUGCUGGUCACCAAAGAGCUGCUCGCUGGUGUGCUGCUGAUGCUGCACAACCUGGCACACUAUGGUGGCUUCUUCUCUGCCCUGCGGAGGGCGCUGGAGAGUGGUCACUUUGAGGCCCUGAAAGGCAAGGUGCUGGGACUCAGCAGGAGUGUGUAGUGAGGGGGCAGGGUUCUCAGGGGCGGGGCUUUGGAUGUGGGUCCCUCCCCCAGGUGUACAGUGACCAUGCUUUUAGCAUUUUUAUUGACUUAUGAACUGUUUGUUUUUAAAUGACUAAUAAAAUGUUGCCUCUGAUUUCUGGUUUACUGCUGAUUGUGAUUGUAAAUGGUUUUUACAGCAAAAAAAAUAAAAGAACCUGUGAUGGUGUGAA